UUGACCUAAUUUCCGCAACCGCAUUUUCUUUCAUUGCACAAACACAAACUUGUACAAAACCAAAACAAAACAUCCCUCACACAGCUUGUACGCACACGGUUGCCUGCGUGGUGUGCGUAUCGCAUCAUUCUCCUCCUGUCGCGUUUCGUUUUGUUGCAAAAAUUUGACAAAAAUAAGCAGCAGCCAUGAACGAUUUUGCAGUGGUUUUGGAAGUUUAGGGAAUUUCGCCGGAAUUUUGCGGUCUAAUGUGAUAUAAUUUAGUGCUUCACGUUACCCGACGGGCUGUGCAAUCUAGGGCAAUCGUUUUAGCAAACUGCUGUGAAGAGAAGAUAUAUAUUCCUGCAGGCAGGUAAUAUAUUUCAAACAGACGCGGGACCAAACAACACUUGAUACUCGUAAUAAGGCAAGCGGAGCGAUCGACUCAAUAAAACCCCAAUCAUGACAACCGAUUUCACCGAAGACUUGGAAAACUGGAUGGGUAAGCUUCCGGCGGAGCUGAGAGCCGUCCCAAUAAUAAAUCUGGCCAUUCCGGGAUCGCACGAUACCAUGUCGUAUGGGAUCAAAAGGAAGUCCCCGGUAGCUCCGGACGCGGAACCGGUUGUUGAAACGUUAAACAAGUUCAUUCCAUGCGUAGUGCGACGUUGGGCCAUAACGCAGCGCUAUGAUGUGGUGGAGCAGCUGAAGAGUGGAAUCCGAUAUUUCGAUCUGAGGAUUUGCAUGAAAAGGCCGGAAAACAAGUUCUACUUCGUGCACGGACUUUUCUGCGAGGAAGUAACGGAACCCCUAGAACAGUUGAAGGAAUUUCUCCGAACCCAUCCACGCGAAUUUAUCGUACUAGAUUGCCAACACUUCUACCUUUUCAAUCCGACAGAUCACUGCGUCCUCUCGGCAGAGUUGAACAGAAUUUUUGAUAAGAAAAUCUACUCCCGCAACGUGAAUCAGCUCAAGGAUUGUACGCUGGAAUCAGCAACGGGCAAUGGCCAGCAGAUACUUAUCGUUUAUCGGAGUGAUGCUUGCGUUAAUGAUCGCUUCUGGUUGAGUCAAGACUGGCCAACUCCGUGGCCAAAUGAGGUCAAUGUGAAACAACUAAGGCAGUAUCUGGAUGAAAGCUUAACUCAACGUAAUCCAGAUGCCGGCUUCGUGUCACAGUGCGUCUUGACGCCCAGCGUUCGAUACAUAGUUCCUAGAUUUAUGUCUUCGUUACGCGCAACGUGCGCCAAGGAAGUGGACAAGAAACUUUCGGAUUGGAUCAAAUCGCAAACCCCUGGCCCUUUCGGUGUCGAUGACAGACCAAAGUCAAACGUAUUCCUGGCGGAUUUUAUCGAUAUUCAAGAGAGUAACUUUUGCAAGAUUGUCGUAGGUCUCAACCGGAAAAUACUGGAUCAGAAUAGUAGCGCGCAAAGCUCUCCAUCUAAGAAAAGUAUAUAAAGUAGUCUAAUUAGGUACUAAACUCACCGACAUGUUUACAUGUAGCUAUUAAGUAUGUAUUGAACAAACUAUUGGUACUACUUCAUACAUUAGGAAACACUGAACUGAUCUAGAUAGGGAUUUUCACGUCUAGAAAACUUACUCACGGGAGAUUCUUUUGGGGUUACUGAUUAGGAUAAUUCAAAUUUUCUUUCAUAAAGAA